CUGGGCUACGUCGCGACACCCAAGGUCGAGGGAACCUGGACUGUCGAAAAGGCUCUGAAGGCCUCCUCUGGAGCGCCUCCUGAGAACUCCACCUCGCCGCUGCCCUACUUCCACAUGCUCGAACGUCUGAAGACGACUAAACGAGAGGGCUGGCGUCGCUUCGGCGUUGAAAGAGGAGAGUCAAUUGCCGAUCACAUGUACCGCAUGUCCCUCCUGUCGAUGCUCUGCCCGCCCGACCUCGCCAAGCGUGUCGACCUCGCCCGAUGCAUGAAGAUGUGCCUCAUCCACGACAUGGCCGAGUCGCUCGUCGGAGACAUCACCCCAGUCGACGGCGUCCCCAAGCCCGAGAAGAACCGACGCGAAGCCGAGACGAUGGACUAUAUCACCAAGGGCUUGCUUGGAAGCGUGUAUGGUGGUCUCGCCGGCGCCGAGAUCCGCGAGAUCUGGCAAGAGUACGAAGACUCCAAGACGCUCAACAGCCACUUCGUGCACGAUCUGGACAAGAUGGAGCUGCUUCUCCAGAUGAUGGAGUACGAGAAGCGCGGCGAGGGUAAGCUGGAUCUUGGCGAGUUCGCCUACGUCGCUACCAAGUUUUCGCUUCCCGAGACCAAGGAGUGGGCAGAUGCGCUGCUCAAGGAGCGGGAUCAGUUCUGGGGUGCCAAGGAGCACGUCCAUGGCGAGGUGGACGGUGGCGUGAAGCAGGACACGAGGCAGCAGCAGCACGAAUACUACACGCGCGACUAA